CAUAGCUGUCUGUCGGAGAACGAAAAUCUCGGCUUCUCUCUCUCUCUCUCUUUCACUCUCGACUCUCGAGACUGGAAUAGAAAUUCCAUUAACACGAUCGAUCAACUACUAAAUUAAUCUCCUAGAAAUCUGUUAGUACAAAUCUAAACUGUUUUACGGGAGCUCUCUCUCUGGUGUAGAUUUGCUUCCACUGUUUCUACUGCUUCUGUAGCGUGUGAGAAUCGUAGUAGAAAGAAAGAUAUAGAGGAAAGAUUUAUAUUUCCUUUUUUUCCUCUGUAUUUUCUUGAUUUUUGUCGUUUUUUUCCUGUAUUUUGGGGAAAAUGCGGGAUUUGUUUAAUGGAGGCGACUGGAAGUUGCGGUGGAAGAACAAGGAAAGCAAUUAGAAUUCUUAGAUUUGCUAUUAGGGCUCAGAAGCCUAGCUGCAAUGCACGGGUUCAGUAGACUCGGUAAUGGAAGGGCCAAUGGAGUAAGCCCUCCAUUGUCGACGACGCCUUCGCCUCCUUCGUCACCAAGAUUCCGUCACAGCCGGAGCAAGAAUGCGAGCUUUGGCAGCCGCAGCCCGAAGCUGCACACUUUUGCUGAGCGGCUUGUCUACAUCGUUCUUUCUGCAGUUUACCGGAAACGCGGUGUUCUGCUAUUUGCUCCGUUGGUUUACAUCUCUGGUAUGUUGCUGUAUAUGGGUUCUUUGAGCCUUGAGGUCGUUGCACCGGUUGUCGUUGUCAAACCGGCUCCGCCAGGUUCUACCUACCGUAGUCCUCAAGUUUUUGAGAAGCUUCGGCCUUUUAUGCAGGACGAUGGCAACCAUAGCUCCAAUGCGUUGAUGACUGCAUGGCAUGUAAAGUCACAUCAAAGUUGGAAGCAUUGUGUCAACCAGAGUAUUUCUCAAGCAGGUUACUCGGAAUUGCCACGGUCCAAUGGUUUCCUUAUAAUUGAAGCAAAUGGUGGUCUGAAUCAGCAACGACUGUCGAUUUGCGAUGCAGUGGCAGUGGCAGGAUUACUAAAUGCUACGCUUGUCAUUCCAAUGUUCCACUUAAAUAGUGUUUGGCGGGAUUCCAGUAAAUUUGGAGACAUAUUUGAUGAGGGUUUUUUCAUAUAUGCUUUGAGAAAUAAUGUGAAUGUCAUCAAAGAACUUCCAGAAGAUGUACUUGCACGGUUUGACAAUAACAUAAGCAACAUUGUGAAUUUAAGGGUUAAAGCCUGGUCUAGUCCAACUUACUACAUACAGAAAGUCCUGCCAAAACUGUUGCAGAUGGGAGCUGUUCGUAUUGCACCCUUCUCUAACAGGCUGGCUCAAGCAGUUCCUUCAAGUAUCCAGGGUCUUAGAUGCUUGGCCAACUAUGAAGCAUUAAGAUUUUCACAGCCUAUAAGAACACUGGCAGAAAAAAUGGUUGAUCGGAUGGUUAAGAAUAGCUCCAUGAGUGGUGGGAAGUAUGUAUCAGUGCAUCUCCGGUUUGAAAAGGAUAUGGUUGCAUUUUCAUGCUGCAUAUAUGAUGGUGGUGAGGAAGAGAAACGAGAAAUGGAUAUUGCUCGAGAACGAGGUUGGAGAGGCAAGUUUAAUAAAACUGGUCGAAUAAUAAGGCCUGGAGCAAUACGAAUGGAUGGAAAAUGUCCAUUAACUCCAUUAGAGGUGGGAAUGAUGCUUAGAGGCAUGGGGUUUGACAAUACAACUUCAGUUUAUAUUGCUGCUGGAAAAAUCUAUAAAGCGGAAAAAUUUAUGGCUCCACUUCGGCAGUUAUUUCCACUCCUAGAGACAAAGGAGACACUAGCUUUGCCAGAGGAACUUGCUCCAUUUAAGGGUCAUUCAUCUAGGUUGGCUGCUCUUGAUUAUACCGUAUGCCUUAACAGUGAAGUAUUUGUCACAACUCAAGGUGGCAACUUUCCUCACUUUCUGAUGGGGCACAGGCGCUACUUCUUUGGUGGACAUGCAAAGACGAUAAAACCCGAUAAGAGGAAAUUAGCAUUACUAUUUGACAGUCCAAAUAUCAGGUGGGAGUAUUUCAAGCGCCAGAUGCAAGAAAUGCUUCAUCACAGCGAUUUAAAGGGCAUUGAAAUGAAAAAACCUAGUAGCUCACUCUACACCUUCCCCAUACCAGAUUGCAUGUGUAAACAAGUAGAACCAGGAAAAUCAGAUAGAAGCACGCCAAUCAUUAUAUAACUUGGAAAAUAUAUACCCUGUUUUACUGAUACAUGUAAGUUAUUCAUCAUUUGAUUGGUUGUGAAAUUAUUAUUUUUUCCCAUGUAAGUUUUGGGAGGGUUGUCAAGGUCUUUAGUAGGUUCAUUACCACUGUGACUAUUGUAAUUAGAUAGUCCAUUCUUUGUAUAUGACACGUUAACUUGACUCAUUAUGAAUUAUACAAAUUCUUUCUAAUGUUAACUUCA